UUGGGUUCUCGCUCGGUCAGACAGACUUGGAAACAUGAAUCCCGUCGCUUGUCUUCGUCUUCGAGCGAGCGCCGCCACCUCUCCCUCCCCAUCCCACCGCCAGCCCCCUCGCUCCGUCUAUCGUCUUCCUCCUCGUGCGAGCGCCUCCACCGCAGCUGUUAGUUGCGUAAUGGCAAGUGGAAAAGAGCAUGCCACAACUGCUAGUGCUGAUCAAAAGAAAGGUGGAUUGCUUGGCAAAUUAAAUAAAGUUGUUCUAGCUUACAGCGGUGGCUUGGAUACAUCAGUAAUUGUUCCCUGGCUCAGGGAGAACUAUGGUUGUGAAGUCGUAUGUUUCACUGCUGAUGUUGGCCAGGGUGCCAUUGAAAUGGAAGGAUUGGAGAAAAAAGCAAAAGCUAGUGGUGCAAGCCAGCUUGUUGUCAAGGACCUGACAGAAGAAUUUGUUGGCCAAUAUAUAUAUCCCUGCCUGCGUGCUGGUGCAGUUUACGAAAGAAAGUAUCUGCUUGGUACAUCAAUGGCUAGGCCUGUUAUUGCUAAGGCAAUGGUCGACGUUGCCAAGGAAGUUGGUGCAGAUGCAGUUGCUCAUGGGUGCACUGGAAAAGGCAAUGACCAGGUUCGCUUUGAGCUUACAUUCUAUGCCUUAAAUCCGGAACUUAAAGUGGUGGCGCCUUGGAGGGAGUGGGAUAUUACAGGACGUGAAGAUGCAAUUGAGUAUGCAAAGAAACACAACGUGCCAGUUCCAGUUUCAAAGAAAUCAAUAUACAGCCGUGAUCGAAAUUUGUGGCACCUUAGUCAUGAGGGUGACAUUUUGGAAGACCCAGCAAAUGAGCCAAAAGAAGAUAUGUAUAUGAUGUCUGUUUCUCCAGAAAAUGCACCUUCAAAACCCGAGUAUCUGGAGAUUGGUAUAGUUGCCGGUGUUCCUACUUCUAUCAACGGAAAGGAUCUCUCGCCGGCAUCUCUCCUUACCAAGCUCAAUGAAAUCGGUGGGAAGCAUGGUAUUGGCCGUAUAGAUAUGGUGGAAAACCGCCUUGUGGGGAUGAAGUCUCGUGGUGUUUACGAGACCCCUGGUGGCACCAUCAUGUCAGCUGCGGUCCGCGAGCUUGAGGCCCUAACACUUGAUAGGGAGACAAUGCAGUGGAAGGACAUGCUUGCCCUCAAGUACGCGGAGCUGGUGUACGCUGGGCGUUGGUUUGACCCGCUCCGACAGUCCAUGGAUGCGUUCAUGGAAACAAUCACGGCGACAACGACAGGUUCUGUGACCCUGAAGCUGUACAAGGGCUCGGUGACUGUCACGUCUCGGAAGAGCCCCUACAGCCUGUACAGGGAAGACAUCUCAUCGUUUGAGAACGGGGAGAUCUACAACCAAGCGGAUGCUGAAGGUUUCAUCAGGCUGUACGGUCUGCCUACCCGAGUUCGCGCAAUGUUGGAGAAGGGUAUCUAAGAUCCCAAGUCUGUUGUGUGUUUGAAUAAUUGUCUCUCUCGACAACUGUUGGGUGUAUUCUAGAAAUAUUUUGGACAGAAUUUGGGUUGAACACAAUUUGGGUUUUCAGUUAGUAUGGUAACUUGCAGUAAGAUGCCAUUUGGUGCCGUGGAUGAUGCAGUCCUUAUGUUAUUGCACUUGAUUACAUUUUUAGUCGGAAGCCCUCAACCUUUGUAGCCAUGGAGAAAGAAGUAAUGACAGGAAAGAAUGCGUACGUGGCCUCA